UUUCUGCAACAUCCACUACUCUCUAUUCUAUUUCUUCUAUCCAUCAAUCAUCACACAUCCACUCUCUUAAACCUUCUUUUCCAGAUCUCUCUCUCUUCUUCUUUUCCGUGAUCCUUUUGGUCCAUCGUUCUCUCUCGAUGUCUAUCAACUUGAUCCUUUUCUCUUUCUAGAGGAAUUUCCUUUUCUUCUUUCUUUCGGCCCUAUUUCAAAGCAUUUCAUUCUCCAGAUUUUGUUUUUCCACCCAGGAGCUCAACAAAGUUCGUGAAACUCGAGGUAUUUUUUGGUAGCUUCAACAAAGAAACCUAAAGCUACAUAAGUUGAGUUAGGAAAGGGAAGUUUCUGGUAUAAUGUUGGGGGGCAACAAUGGUAACCCGCUUCCUGUUUUCCUGGACGAGACUCAAUUUCGAUAUCAAACAAAUCCAGCAAAUCAAUUGCAGUUGUUUGGAAACUUACAAGCUGGAUGCAGUGUUGAUCCAGUUAAUUACUUUGGAAAUGAGCAUAUCAGUCCCAUGAUUCAGCCAAACAAAAGAAGCAGGGAAAUGGAAGAUAUCUCGAAGCAGAAAAGGCUUCAGAUUUCCUUAAAUUACAAUGUCUGCCAAGAUGAUGCUGAUCGAUCGGCAAGCAUUCCGAAUCCUAAUCCUGUGUCAACAGGAUUAAGGCUUUCAUAUGAUGACGACGAGCGCAACUCAUCUGUCACUUCCGCAAGUGGAAGCAUGAAUGCUGCACCCUCUAUCUUGCUGUCACUCGGUGAUAAUAUCAGAAGCGAGCUUGAUAGGCAGCAAGAAGAGUUAGACCAAUAUAUUAAACUUCAGAAGGAACAAUUGUCAAAAGGAGUGAGGGACAUGAAGCAAAAACACAUGGCUUCUCUCCUUACUUCGAUUGAAAAAGGCGUUACUAAGAAGCUAAAGGAGAAAGAUAUAGAGAUUGAUAACAUGAACAGAAAAAAUAGGGAGCUAGCAGAUAGAAUAAAACAGGUGGCUAUGGAAGCGCAAAACUGGCACUACAGAGCCAAGUACAACGAGUCAAUUGUCAAUGUGUUAAAAAACAAUCUCCAGCAGGCAAUAUCUCAAGGAGUUGAACAAGGAAAGGAAGGAUUCGGAGACAGCGAAAUUGACGACACUGCUUCCUACAUAGAUCCUAAUAACCUCUUCAGCGUUGCAGGCGCGCAGCAUAUGAAAUCCACUUACAAGAAUUACCAAGGCAUGGAGAACCUGAGUUGCCGAGCGUGCAAGGCGAAGGAGGUUUGCAUGUUGUUGAUGCCUUGUAGGCACCUGUGCUUGUGUAAGGACUGUGAUGGAUUUAUCAAUGUUUGUCCUGUUUGCCAAUUGAUUAAGACUGGAAGUGUGGAGGUAUAUCUCUCAUAAGUCAUAACUCGCAAAAUGGAAGUACUUAAAAAGAAAAAAAGAAUCACUGUUCUCUCUGUGUGAAAAAGUUCAUCAUAAUGUUCAAGUUAAAAAGUACUUGUCACCUAAAAAAAAAUGAACUACUUCAAGGGAUAGUUCUAUACACUUGUGUUAAUAACACUACUACAUAUGCUCCUUGUACCAAAAGCCUAUUUCUAUGUAGACUUUUUUUCACCAUGGAGCUUCACCUAAUUGCUGAUGAGCUGCAUCAAUUGUU